AACCCAGCUGCAAACUUAAUGAGGCAUGCCUGUGACCCAUCAAUGUAAUGAGGAUAAAACCACUGUGCCCAGCGUACAGCUCUACUUAAAGGACUCCAGGGUGGAGCUGUUUAUUGUUCUUAGCAUCAUGGUGGUUUUUACUGUGGCGACUGUGGUUUUGCUCAAUGUGUACGCUUUGAUGGUGUUUGGUGUUCCAGUUCAUGGCCGUUCUUCAGACAAUGAGCGUACUAUGCAAAACACCAGAGGGGGAAUCAUAUCGGAUGCCAAAGAGGCUCAGACUUUGUGUGUGUGUGAUCUAAUAGUCCAUAUUCCACAUUUGGCUUUCUUUGUGGACCCAGAUGGGAUGGAGGAUUGGUGUGAAAGCCAACUUGAUUCUGCAAACAUCAUUGAUGACGAUCAUGAUGGUCAUGGUGAUGGCGAUAAUGAUGAUGCAGGUGAAGAUUCUGUUGCCACCCCUACACCAAAUCCCCCAAACCAUACUACCUCAGCCCAAACGCAAGCUACUGGUGAAGCAAGUGAAGAUGCUGUAGUUACCGCCACACUAAAUUCUCAAAACAAGACCACAUCUUACCAGCCUGGAGUGACUGGUGAGGCAAGUAAAGAUGCUGUGGUUGCCACCCCAACACCGAAUCUCCAAAACCUGACUACCUCUGCCCACACUGAAGCUACUGAUGAGCCCAGUGAAGAUGAUUCAGUUACUACCCCAGCACCGGUUCCCCCAAACCUGACUACUUUGGCCCAAAAUGAAACUACAGGCAAUAUACUCUGCAAUACUUAAAUAAAUACAAAGCUUUGAGGAUUUUUUUCUGAAUAUUGAGGAGGUUUUUGUGUUUGAC